GCCUCCCCUCCACAGUACACUUUCCGUAUUCUUCUUUCCUUCAUCCGCACUGCACGCGUCGUCCACAGGCAUCAUGGUGCUCGAUUUAGACCUGUUUCGCACCGACAAAGGCGGCGAUCCUGAAAUCGUGAGGGAAACGCAGAGGAAACGGUUCAAAGAUGUGUCUCUGGUGGAUAAACUGGUCGAGGCGGACACAGAAUGGAGGAAAUGCCGCUUCACUGCAGAUAAUCUAAACAAGGCCAAGAAUCUGUGCAGCAAAGCCAUCGGGGAAAAGAUGAAGAAAAAAGAGCCAGUUGGUGAUGAUGACACUCUUCCAGAAGAGGCUCAGAAUCUGGAAGCCCUCACUGGAGAAACAUUAUCACCCCUCACGGUGACUCAGAUAAAGAAGGUGCGGUUACUGGUGGACGAGGCGGUGCAGAAAACGGACAGUGAUCGGUUAAAGGUCGAGGCGGAGCGUUUUGAGUACCUGAGAGAGAUCGGCAACCUCCUGCAUCCCUCUGUGCCCAUCAGCAACGAUGAGGAUGCUGAUAAUAAGGUGGAACGCACCUGCGGCGACUGCACAGUGCAGAAGAAGUACUCUCACGUGGAUCUGGUUGUCAUGGUGGAUGGAUACGAAGGGGAAAAAGGAGCCAUCGUGGCUGGCAGCAGAGGAUACUUCCUCAAGGGCCCUUUAGUUUUUUUGGAACAGGCAUUAAUUAACUACGCACUGCGGAUCCUGUACAGCAAGAGCUACACCCUCCUGUACACACCCUUCUUCAUGAGGAAAGAAGUCAUGCAGGAGGUCGCUCAGCUCAGCCAGUUUGACGAGGAGCUCUACAAGGUGAUUGGGAAGGGGAGCGAGAAGUCUGACGACAAUACGGUGGACGAGAAGUAUUUGAUAGCCACAUCGGAGCAGCCAAUGGCAGCCUUCCUGAGAGACGAGUGGCUGAAGCCAGAAGACCUUCCCAUCCGCUAUGCCGGCAUCUCCACCUGCUUCAGACAGGAAGUGGGCUCUCAUGGCAGAGACACGCGUGGGAUUUUCAGGGUCCAUCAGUUUGAGAAGAUUGAGCAGUUUGUCUACGCCUCUCCUUAUGACGGCAAGUCCUGGGAGAUGUUUGAUGAGAUGAUUGGAACCGCUGAAGAGUUUUAUCAGUCAUUAGGAAUCCCCUACCGGAUCGUCAACAUUGUGUCAGGUGCUUUGAACCAUGCAGCUAGUAAAAAGCUGGAUUUAGAGGCUUGGUUCCCAGGCUCCCAGGCUUUUAGAGAGCUUGUGUCAUGCUCAAACUGCACAGACUACCAGGCUCGCCGCUUACGUAUUCGCUACGGGCAGACCAAGAAAAUGAUGGACAAGGCUGAGUUUGUGCACAUGCUAAAUGCCACCAUGUGUGCGACCACUCGUGUUAUCUGUGCUAUCCUGGAGAACUUUCAGACAGAGGAAGGCAUCAUUGUUCCAGAACCCCUCAAGGCAUUCAUGCCUCCAGGUUUAACAGAAAUGAUCAAGUUCGUGAAGCCAGCCCCUAUCGACCAGGAGGCAACCAAGAAGCACAAGAAACAGCAGGAAGGAGGGAAGAAGAAGAAACCGCAGGGUGGUAAUGCUGAUCUAGAGAACAAGGUGGAGAACAUGUCAGUCAAUGACUCCUAGACCCCCUUCAAUCCCAGCCAAUCAUAAUGGUUCUUUACAAGCCCUCUAUUUUGUGCACUCCAUUCACAAUCAUUGUCCACUGAAAGGUCACACUGUCAUGUCCUUGCUUCAGUUGACUUCUUCUGGGACAGUCCUACUAUGGCACCGUCAAUGGUGAUGAUGGUGUCGUGUUAAAUAAUCUUAUCUCAAGUCAGUUUCCUACAGAGAGGUCUUUGAAAUCUUCAAUUAAACAUGUAUAGUGUUGUGACAGACAUUUAGCCAAUAGAAGGAAAUGCCUUUAUGACACUGUAAUUACCUGAGGCAUUGUAUUAUAAUUCUGCUGUUGAAUUUAAGGGAACAUGCAUGGUUACAUUCUGCAUCAAGUGCCACAUUAGAGGUGGGAAUUUUGGAUAUUCUGAAUGGAAAUCGGUUCUGGAUAAUGGACAGACCUCUUUCAGUAUUCUCUCUUGCAGUUAAUAUUUGCGCUAUAAUUAAAGUGAAGGUAAUUAUUGAUUACUGUGCACUUACUAUUCACAUUGUCACAAAAGUUAAAGCAGUCAAAAAUGCAGCUUCCUCUCAUUCAAAUCUGUCUUUUCCUUCAUAGAAACAUUACUCCUUCUGAUUUGUCUGUAGAACAGGGAAUGUUAUUAUAUGUACAGUACUUGCUUAUGAUGCCUUGUGGAAGGAGUAUGAUGGCAUUUGAGAAUAAAUCAAUACCUGAAGGAGAACA